CAGACUCUUGCUCAAAUCAAAGUUCAAAGACGAACACUCAGAAGCUAAUUUUGUCAACGUUUUGGAUCGGAUUCGAGAAUUUAAUGACGAUCAUCAAACCACGCGGCGCCGUCGUGAUUCGUGAGGUUUGGGCGGAGAAUCUCGAAUCGGAGAUUGAGCUAAUAAGCGGAAUCGUCGACGAUUAUCCUUUCGUCUCGAUGGAUACGGAGUUUCCCGGCGUAAUUUUCAAAUCGGAUCUCCGCCGUGGAAACCCCGACGAUCUCUACCGUCUCCUCAAAUCAAACGUCGACGCGCUAAGCCUCAUCCAGGUCGGUCUUACUCUCUCCGAUGCCGACGGAAACCUCCCCGAUCUCGACGGUUGCGGCGGUGGCGGAAAUAGAUUCAUCUGGGAGUUCAAUUUUAAAGAUUUCGACGUGGCGCGUGACGCACACGCCCCGGACUCGAUCGAGCUUUUACGCCGACAGGGGAUCGAUUUUGAGCGGAACCGCCGCGACGGGGUGGAGUCGGAGAGGUUCGCGGAGCUUAUGAUGUCGUCGGGGCUCGUCUGCAACGAGGGAGUGAGCUGGGUGAGUUUCCACAGCGCGUACGAUUUCGGUUACCUGAUGAAGAUUCUCACGCGCCGGGAGCUUCCCUGCGCGUUGGGUGGGUUUCAGCGCGUGAUGAGAGCGUUGUUUGGGGAGCGCGUGUACGACGUGAAGCAUGUGAUGAGGUUUUGCGAGAGGAGAUUAUACGGCGGGUUGGACCGGGUCGCACGGACGCUUGAGGUUAACCGGGCGGUUGGGAAAUGUCAUCAAGCCGGUUCGGAUAGUUUGCUUACGUGGCACGCGUUUCAGAGGAUGAGAGAUUUGUAUUUCCUUCAGGAUGGACCGGAGAAACACGCGGGUGUUUUGUACGGCCUUGAAGUUUUUUAAAGGGAAUUUUUUUAUUAUUUGUAAUUCAAAUUUAAUUAAUUAGCUCUAUAAUGUUUGUAGUUAAUGUGAAUUGGAAAGAAAUUUAUAUAAAUAUAAAUAAAUCAACGUUCAAAAUUGAAA